UCAUAAAAUAAAACGGAAGAGAAAAAAGAAAAAGAAAGAAAUAGAGCUUGUCUUCCCUCUCCUUCUCGAAUCGAGAAGAGAAAAAGUACCAGUGUCACCAAGCGUAAGAAAAACACACUCAACGCAGUAGGUGUUCCUCUCAAUAACUUUAGUUGCUGCGUUGAUAACUCAUGACGCGGAACGAAUGAACAAAUUGAAUACAUUGUUAAGAUUUAAGAGAGCAAUGGGAUAGGCAGCAGUGGAGGGAGGGAGAUGAAUGAAUCAGGAUUUGGAAACCCCUGAUUGAUAUGUAUCAGAGCAGCAUUGGCGCACACCGCCUCGCAUACCGCUCUCAAAUAUCAAAACUGGUCAAAGCCGGUCUCAUCAACCAAGCCAUCUACCUGUUCGACCAAAUGACCGAAUCAAAUUGCCGCGUCUUCAGCGUCGACUACAACCGCUUCAUUGGCGUCCUCCUCCGCCACUCCCGCCUCCAUCUCGCCCACCACUACUACCGCCGCCACGUCAUCCCCCGCGGCUUUUCCCUCCUCCCCUUCACCUACUCCCGCUUCAUCUCCGCCCUCUGCUCCGCCCCCAACAACAUUAACCUCCCCCUCAUCCACAGCCUCCUCCUCGACAUGGACUCCCUCGGUUUCGUCCCCGACAUUUGGGCCUUCAACACUUACCUCAACCUCUUAUGCCGCCAAAAUCGCUUAGAAACCGCCCUCGAACUCUUCCACUCCAUGCCCUCCAAGGGAAGAGACCCCGACGUCGUUUCCUACACCAUCAUCAUUGACGCGCUGUGCAAUGCUAAACGCUUUGACGAGGCUGCUAAGGUUUGGCGUCGUUUGAUUGACAAAGGGUUAAGCCCUGAUUAUAAAGCCUGUGUUGCUCUUGUUGUUGGGUUGUGCAGUGGAGGGCGCGUUGAUUUGGCUUAUGAGCUUGUUGUUGGUGUGAUCAAGGGUGGGGUGAAGGUUAAUAGCUUAGUUUAUAAUGCUUUGAUUGAUGGGUUUUGUAGGAUGGGGAGGGUUGACAAGGCCAUGAAGAUUAAGGCGUUUAUGAGCCGCACCGGGUGUGUGCCGGAUUUGGUUACUUAUAACAUACUCUUGAAUUACUGUUGUGAGGAAGGGAUGGUGGAUGAGGCCGUGAGGUUGGUGGAGACCAUGGAGAGGAGCGGGGUGGAGCCGGAUUUGUAUAGCUAUAAUGAGCUCUUGAAGGGUUUUUGCAAGGCGAAUAUGGUGGACAGGGCUCAUUUGAUGAUGGUGGAGAGGAUGCAGACAAAAGGGAUGUGUGAUGUUGUUUCGUAUAAUACCGUUAUUACGGCGUUCUGUAAGGCGCGCCGGACUAGGAAGGGUUAUGAGUUGUUUGAGGAGAUGUGUGGGAAGGGGAUUAGGCCAGACAUGGUGACAUUUAAUAUACUUAUAGAUGCGUUUCUGAGGGAAGGAAGUACCCAUGUGGUGAAGAAGCUGCUUGAUGAAAUGACAAAGAUGCGUGUUCUUCCCGAUUGUAUAUUCUAUACAGCAGUAGUUGAUCAUCUGUGUAAGAAUGGGAAGGUUGAUGUGGCUCAUAGUGUUUUUCGUGACAUGGUGGAGAAUGGGGUUAAUCCAGAUGUUAUCUCUUACAAUGCACUUCUAAAUGGGUUUUGUAAGACUUCUAGAGUUAUGGAUGCCAUGCAUCUAUUUGAUGAAAUGCAGAGCAAAGGUUUGUACCCUGAUGAGGUAACUUACAAGUUGAUAGUUGGAGGGCUUAUAAGGGGAAAAAAGAUUUCACUGGCCUGUAGGGUAUGGGAUCAGAUGAUGGAGAGAGGCUUUACACUUAACAGACAUCUCUCUGAGACUCUAGUCAAUGCCAUUCAAUCAAGUGAUGGCACAACAUGACACUAGUUUGUAUUUUGAUCCUCUCAAAUUCAUCACACCCUUCUUUCAAAUGGGAAAGCCAACUUAAAACGUUUUCUCUUGAUAUAGUUACACAAAGGCUUAGCAAACCUGACCAGAAACGUUAUCUGCAGGUAAUGACGCCUGUAAAUCAAGUUAUCCUAUUUUUAUGACGCUCGUGGUGCAAUCCCAUACCUUUUAUGUGUCUCUGUGCUCCUAUAUACUUAUAUGCUGUAUAACAUACUAUUAAUUCACAGGCCAGCUUCUUGUAAAGGAUCCAUACAGAGGGAAGUGCUGUAAUGAUUUCUUGCUACCAAUGGAAGUAAUGGUAUCCAAGUUUUGUUUCAUAUUGUCAACAGACUAUUCACUUGGCAGAUUGUAUUUGUCAAUAUAAUAGAGCAUUCAUUUACACUUGGCAAUUGUUAUACAUUGAGAGCUAUGGAUUUGUUUCUCACCCAGCACAACUAAUAUCAGUAAUUGAUGAUUUGUUUGGAAUCCCUCCAGCUGCCUAUUCAAAUCCCAAUUGUUGUUUAUUCAGAGUUCAUAUUGAGGGUGGCUUUGAGUCAGUUUUAUGCUAUCUGGAUACUAUUUGAGUAAAUCUUUCAUCAGUGGCAGCUCAAUUCAGAUUGACUCAUGUCCAGCCUUGCAUAGCAGAAAUCUUGGUUAUGAACAUGUUAUGUCAUUUAUGGUUCUAACUAUUAAUAAUAGUAUAGCACCCUUAUUGGGAUAACUCCUUGAUGUUGGUAAAAAUUUGUCUUGUUUCCUCAAGAUGAAGUUUGUGGUUGCAGAGCAUAGUUUGAACUAUGAAGAUACGCUUUCAUUGGUGAUCUCACCUUGGUGUGGCUUAUGCCUAGUUUGUUGCUACUUUGCUGCCUCUCCUUAGCAUCCUAGCAAAUUGUUGAACAAUAAACUCGGGUUUAAUACAAGCAUUCUGGAACCUUUAUUAACAGAUCAUCGGUUUACUAUUUGUGUCUAUGUCUAGACAUAUGUAACUCCGGAGAAUUGUGGAUGUGGAAAAAAGAUUCACUAGGUUGCCUUGUUAGGUUUCAAGAUUCAAAUUUAUUAGUUUCUGAAAAACCGUGAUGCUAUCACAAAUUAUGUUUGGCUUCUGAGAUUUGGAUUAGCAUACAGGAAUACAUAUUUGUAGGAUUAUACUGUUACAAAAUUCAACUUGUCUGACCUUUAUUAGCAUUAUUUUCUGGUUAACUAUGAUGCUUCUGCCUGUAUCUGCGGCAUGGAACUUCAAACUUUUCCAAAGAAAUGUCACUGUGAUCAUUUAUCCAAAAUUCUACCCCAGACAAUGUUGCACCUUGGAACAGGAGCAGCCGAAGGACAACCACAACCAGCACAAGAAGCAAUUUGCAGAUUGGUUUGAUGGAAAAUUGGAGAAGAAACAGAAAGAAAGGAGGGAACAAAGAAAGUACGGAUGCAGGACAUGUCUGGAUUCUUGAUGAUUUCCAAAUAGAAAUAAAUCAUCUAGGGUCCACCAUCCAAACUUCUGGAGUAUGAAAGAAAAAUUGGAAAUAGUUAAGAAAAUGCCAUGGUGGGGGCUAAAUGUCAGAAAAUGCUUUGUAUUAGGAAAUUAGUUUCAAAACUGCUACAUCUUAGAAUUAGUUUGGAAAAGUGCAGUAUUGAAACUGGGUUGACAAAUCCUUUCUUCAUUCAUUCACUGUGUAUUUCUCAAAGAUUUUCAUUUCAGUAAUAAAUCUUUCUCCUACAUGUGGUA